AUUUCUAGAAAUGCAGGCCUUGUACCAGAUCGAGCUGGGCAUGCAGCAGUUAUAAUUAAAGACCAGAUUUAUUUUAUGGGAGGUUCUCGUUUUAUUCUGGCUACAAAUCCAAUUAGGAGUUCAAUAAGAGUAUAUAAUUUAUCAGAUGAGGUUUUUUAUCUGGAUCUCUCGUCUCAAUUCUCCACUGGUAGCCCUCCAUAUGUAGAUCUUACUGACACAUCUGCACGAAUGAAAUUUGGAAGUGAAAAAGGAACUGUGGUUCUCGCAGGAGCUAGUGGAGAAAAUGCGUUUCUCAUUGGAGGAGUGCAGCAAAACCUCAUACGGCUUAAUGAGAUUGAUAGUAAUAUAACUAUAACUUCGAAUCAAACAUUGAUGAUAGAAGAAAUAAGCAAAACAUACAAUGUGACAGAUAAAUUCAUUUUUUAUUAUCAGCCAUAUGCAAAAUCUUGGUCGUAUCCUUUACAUCAAAAAGGAAUGCAACCAGUUAGACGUAGAUCAACCUCAACAGUUAUUGAUCAGAAAGGGAUAUUAUAUAUAUUUGGAGGGAGAGUCCAAGUGGACACAGGGUCACCUAUAUUUAUUUGUUUUAACGAUUUAUAUACAUUUGAUACGGUAUUGUUAUCGUGGAAUACGAUUAACGCAACCAAUGUUCCUUCACCUCGAAGUCAUGCCGUUCCAGUAUUGCUUCCGAAUGGUAAGAUUCUAUACAUUGGUGGUGUCUCUCAAACUGAACCUGGAGUGGAUGCAGACUUAAUAGAUAUGAAUGAGAUCCCAGUAUUUGAUACAAUUUCUUCGACCUGGUCAUAUAAGUAUGCAAAUCAGCCACUUCAUGUUCAGCCGCGAUUAGCACAUACAGCAACCUUAGCACCAGAAAAUAAUACAAUUAUUAUUAUAGGCGGAAAUUCAAAUUAUAAUUUAAACCUUACCACCCCCUUCCCAGUUUUCGUGUUGUUAAACAUCACAAAAGAACCUUACGAAUAUUCUGAGCUAAUUACUUCCGGAGUUAACCCACCCCCAUUAGCUGUUCAUACUGCUAAUUUAUAUCAAAAUUAUCUUAUCGUUGCUUUUGAUAUUCAAUGCAAAACAUGGGUAACUACUUUUACACCUGGUAAAUCAAUUUGUAGCAAUGAAUUGAGCAACGGAACGAGUAACGGAACGAGUAAUGGAUCAAGUAGUGGAUUGAACACUACUAUUGUUAUUCUUGGUGGGAUUGUUGGUGGGAUUGUUCUAGCCAGUUUAGCCAUUUUAUUUAUAUAUAAAAUUAACGAUUAUUUGCAUAAAAAAGAAAUCAAUAGAACAAAUUUUGGACAAAAAGAACCACCUGAGUGA